AGACGCAAACUUGGCAUGCGGUUCCCCUUAAUAUUAUAUCGUUUCACAUCGUCAUAUAUUUUUUUUUCAAUUCGCCAAAAUUGCUCGCGCAUUGUUUUUGUAAAUUACGAACAAUGUUAUCUGGAUAGCAGAUCCGCAAAAUAGCAAACGGUACGCGAAAUGUCAUCCGAGCGAUUUCAUAAGGCCGCCCGAGAAGGAGCAUUGGACAUUCUGAAAGAAGCUACGAGAAAGGAUUGUAACGCGCGAGAUGAAGGAGGAAUGACCCCAACAUUAUGGGCAGCCUUCGAAGGUCACAUAGAUGCUCUGAGACUGCUAGUCACCAGGGGAGGGGAUCCGGACAAGACUGAUUAUUUCGGUAAUACAUGCUUGCAUCUGGCAGCAGCGAGAGGUCAUGAAUUCUGCGUGAAAUUCCUGGUGAAAUUUGGUUGCAAUAUCUGGUCAUUGGACAUCGACCGACAUUCCGCCCGAGAACUUGCAGCGAUAAACGGUUGCGAGAGAAUUUUGCAGUUCCUAGACCUCGCCCAGGCCGAUCAAGAAUUGAAUAGUCGCAAGAAAAGCCGUCUGCUCCGAGAAAAAGCAGAGAAGGAUGCAGAAAAAAGAUUAAAAGAAUAUAUGAAAAAACAAAAGAUGGCUGAAAUUAGAGCGGAAAAGGAACAGAAAAAACUCAUAAAAAAUCGUGCUAGAUCUGACUCUGAGACGAUGAAUGAAUUGAAUUCUCAACGAUCUGGCGUAUUGACCUUUAAAGGCCGAAUAAAACCUUCGCCGACAUUUAGCGAUAUCGUUGGCACCACCACGAAGAGACACGGCAGCACGGUAUGUCGGAAAGCCUUAGCGAAGAAAGCCGCUAGCGACUUCAAGGUCGUAGAGGUUGAAAUAAAUGGUAAAAAAUCCAUUCGAAGUCUGACCGGCGUUCGACGGGAUUCUGAAGUUAUGUACGUAGGCACAUACGAUACUGAAUCUCAACAUAUAGGUAGAAGAGGAAAGAUCUCCGAUGUAUGGGGUACUCUAAGCAAAUCUCAGAGCACGCCCGAUCUCUUAGGUGAAAGGAUAUAUGAUGAGGAGGAGGAAGAUAGACAAGAAGAGAAUUUGAACAUUGCAAAAGACAACGCUUUUCUUCGAGAACCGGCCAGCAUCUUUAACCGACCGGGAUUCGGUUCGGUGGCCUUUAGAAGAGCGAUAACAUCUACACUGGACAAUCUACCGGUCACGCAGAUGGAUGUUCAAUUGCAAAAUAGCAAUCUUUCUGGUAAUGGUUCCACAAAUGGAUCCAUAAACAGUAACAAAUUUAGUCCAAAUGGACACAAUGAAGAGAUUAGUAUAGGGAGUGCUGGCAGUUUGGCACGCAGGCAAAGUUCAUGGGAUGAGGAUUUACUUUCAGAAAGUGAAGAAACAGACGAGGAAUGGACACCUUUGCAGAGAUUUUUAGUCGCCAAUAAUCUCACGUCCAUACAAUCUAUCCUGGAAUCAGAGCAAAUCGAUCUGGAGGCUCUAAUGCUACUUACCGAGACUGAUAUAGCAGCCCUCAAACUUCCGCUCGGUCCUAGACGGAAACUCACUAAUGCAAUCGCAAACCGGAAAAAAGCACUGAGCAUGCCGGAAAGUAUUAUUAAGGACAGUAGACUAUAAAAUAUAUUUCAUUAGCCACGGAGGAUAAUUAUUACUAUCGAUGAAAUUAUCCGUCCAUAUGUAUGAGACGUAGUUAUUAAUUGAUUUGUGCAAAAUUAAAAUUUUGAAAUCCUAAAUAUAAAAUAUUCAAAAAUUUUGUGAAAAUUUAUCGAACUCAUUGUCUAAAAAAAAAAGAAACAAUUAUUAAAAUUAUUAUUAAAUUAUUCAAUUACUUAAAUCAUAUAUUGGUAGCGCUAUUAUAUAUUUAGCAAUAUAUUUGUAUAAUUUUUACCAUAUAUCAGAAUAAUCUUAAUAUCAAAGUCUUUUGUGCCUUAAUUUUUAUAGUUUAUUUACUAUCAACAUAUAUUUUUUCCAUCAAUACCAUAUUAUAAGAUACUAAAUUUAAAUAAUCUUAUUGGAGACUAUAUUACAUACGAUUAUAAUAAUCAUAAAUAAUCGUCAAAAAAUAUUGAAAAUCAGGAAAAGAAAAAAAAGAAAGCUAAGCACUUCACUAUUAAGUAAAAAUAGAAUACAGUUUAUGCCAUAAUAGAAAAGAAACAAAAAUUCAACACAUACUGCCAUAAAAUGUAAUGCCAAUGAUGUUUAUACUCAACAUCCAUUAGACAUGUUACUCUAGUUUUACAUAUUACAUUAUUAUAUAUAAAAUCUUAAAUAUUUACAAUAAUUAAUUAAAUAUUAAUUAUUUAUAUUAAAUCAUUUGAAACAGAUAUUAAAAUAUUUUAGAUAUUACUGACGAACUUUAUAGUAUGUAUAAUCAAGACUUACUAUCAUUUAUGCGUGAAGCGCAAUUAUUAAAAAAAAAGUUAGCAACAAUAACAAAAGAUAAUAAAUAUUGAUUAUCUUUCAAAUAAUCUGAUGAUCUUAGGUGGCAAUAAUUGUGUGGUAAAAUUUGAUUUUUAUAAUCAUAUCUCAAAUAUAAACAAGAGAAUAUUGAUAAUUACUAAGAUAUAAAUUAGAUUACAGUAUUAUAUUAUACAUUAAUUUCGUAACAUCAUGUAUGAUGCGUAUUAUAUCCACAAAUAGCACAAUAUGUACAAAAUGUACACCUUGCUGUACAAAAUAAAUGUAUAACAAUAAAAAUGUACAAAAUAAAUAUAUAACAAUAAAAUAUGUAUAUAUGCAAA